AUGGACAGUGUAACCAAGGGAAUGGGAAGUGGUGUCCCCUGUUCCGACUAUCCGUACAUGCUACAAGGGCAGCAGAGUUCGCUGAUCUAUCCGGGUAAUGUUGGAACAGCACCAUUCGGGACAACACAAACUGGAUACGGCUAUGGUUCUUUCACGGCAGUAUACAACAACGGCGGAACAUCAAAUCUCCCACCAGUAUCUGAUCCACCCACUCUCACGCUGAAUGGAAAUAUUGGAGUUUAUUUCAUAAAUUACGAAUACUGUGCUGUUGUUUUGCAGUAUCCGUACAUGCUACAAGGGCAGCAGAGUUCGCUGAUCUAUCCGGGUAAUGUUGGAACAGCACCAUUCGGGACAACACAAACUGGAUACGGCUAUGGUUCUUUCACGGCAGUAUACAACAACGGCGGAACAUCAAAUCUCCCACCAGUAUCUGAUCCACCCACUCUCACGCUGAAUGGAAAUAUUGGAGGAAAUCGUACACCUCCAGCCUCGACACUUUUUUCGUCCUCGCCACCAGGCGCUUUUCAUUUCUCAGUGGGUUACCCAACUCCGCCAACGAUCAAUCAGCUUACCUCCAACCUAUCAAAUCUUGCAGUUGGCCCACCACAGCCGCCUUCAACGGCACCUCGUCGUGAUUCAUUCAGUUCCAAUAGCACAGCUUCUUUUGGUGUGCAGUCAGUACAGCCCCAGCAUCAGUACCCGUUCGUGUUUUUCUCGCAAGCACAAACGGCAGGCUCAUUGGGCUCAAGUCCCAACUUCUUUGGGACUGCAUUUCCGCCAGGAUACAAUGCACCGUCGAUGUUUCCUGGCUCAUCGUCGAGUACUCAUCUACAAGCACCUCCAGCACCUCGCUCUCUGUACAACGUCCCACAGCAGAAUGCUAUUGCGCAAGUGCCCUUUAAUGCUCCGUCUCAUAACACUCGACGGACACAUGCGGCUACUGGCUCUGGUAGACUAGGACAAGGUUCGUAUGUUAUUCAUAUGCUGACUAAUAAUAUUCGAGAUAUAAUUAGCAGUACAGAGGGAAUUAAUUGA